AUGGCUCCUCAAGUUUUUCGCACCCAAUCUCUGAUUGUUCCUUCCCACCAUGCACUCUUUCUUCUCUGUGCCAUCCUCCUAUUUCUGUCCUCCAACACAAUAGUGUUCACAUCAGCACAAGCUAGCAACAAAUCCGAGGAUGACCGCCAAGCCCUUCUCUGCUUCAAAGCUGGCGUCUCAAGGGACCCCGCCGGUGUUCUCAGAUCAUGGCGCAACGACUCACUCAACUUCUGCACCUGGCAAGGAGUCGCCUGCAGCACGGCUAUCCCAACCCGUGUCGUGUCCAUCCAAUUCAGGUCUACGGGGCUCACAGGAACACUAUCCAGUUGCAUAGCAGCCCUUACUUCUCUAGUGCAGAUCGACCUUCCAAGCAAUCAAUUUUCUGGAAGCAUACCUGAUGAGAUAAGUGAGCUUUGGAGCCUCCAAUCCCUGAAUCUUGCGGGCAACAAUCUUGCAGGUAACAUACCUCUGUCAAUAGGUGCGUCAGCAUCUCUUAGCUAUGUCAAUCUUGCAAACAAUUCUCUUAGUGGAGUUAUCCCUGAUUCUUUAGCAAGUAGUUCGUCACUCGGUGAGAUAACCCUCUCACGGAACAACUUAGCUGGGGUGAUCCCAGCUAAUUUGUUCAACUCAUCCAAACUUCGUGUUGUUGAUCUCCAGUGGAAUGCUCUCUCUGGGGCUAUCCCACAUUUCCAAAAGAUGGGAGCUCUGCAAUUUCUUGCUCUUACAGGGAAUGCACUUUCUGGUACCAUACCAUCAUCUUUAGGAAAUGUUUCAUCCUUGCGUUCCCUCCUUCUAGCACAAAACAUCUUAUCAGGAUCAAUUCCGCAAACUUUGGGGCAAAUUCCAAACCUAACAAUGCUAGAUCUGAGUUACAAUAGAUUCUCAGGGUAUGUCCCAGCCACACUGUACAAUGUGUCAUCACUCAUAUACCUUAGCCUAGGCAGCAACAUAUUUAUUGGACAAAUACCUUCCGACAUUGGCCACUCACUUUCGAAUCUCAGAAAAUUACUAAUGGGAGCCAACAACUUUCGUGGAUCAAUGCCAGAUUCCCUGACCAACAUGUCAAAGCUCCAAGCGCUUGAUAUUUCAAGCAACUCGCUGACUGGCGUAAUGCCGUCUCUAGGAUCCUUAGCAUACUUGAGUGAACUGGUUCUAGGAGAUAAUAAACUCGAAGCUGGUGACUGGGCAUUCCUUGUUUCUCUCACCAAUUGCUCUCAGUUGUUAAGAUUAUCAGUGGAUGAGAAUAUCCUGAUUGGAAAUUUGCCAAAAGCAGUAGGCAACCUUUCAAUAAACCUGGUGCGGUUAAACUUUGGAAGAAACCAAAUUUCUAGAAACAUACCAGCUGAGAUAGGGAAGCUUGUAAAUCUUGCUCUGCUUGACAUGGGCCAGAACAUGCUCUCAGGACCAAUUCCCCUCACAGUUUGGAACUUGAGCAACUUGGUUGUCCUAAAACUUUCCAGGAAUAGGUUGUCAGGUCAGAUUCCAUCAACAGUUGGUAAUCUUGUUCAACUCAGCCAGCUUCAUCUUGAUGAUAAUGAAUUGUCUGGAAACAUACCAGAAAAUAUAGGACAAUGCAAAAGGCUGCUUAGGCUAAACAUGUCAGUUAACCGCCUUGAUGGCCCCAUACCAAGAGAACUCUUCAGUAUUUCCUCUCUUUCAUUGGGUUUGGACUUGUCAAGCAACAACCUGAUUGGACUGAUACCAUGGGAAGUUAGUAACCUGAUCAAUCUUGGCCUCCUUGAUGUUUCCGACAACAGAUUAUCUGGUAGCCUUCCUUCUGAACUUGGCCUGUGUGUUCAACUGCUAUCCCUUCAGAUCAGAAGCAACAUGCUUAAUGGGAGUAUUCCCGAGUCUUUCAGCAAACUGAAGGUCAUACAGCAGAUAGAUCUGUCCGAGAACAAUUUAACUGGUCAAUUUAACUGA